AUGGGUACUAAUAGUGUCUUAACGGUAAUGAUUAGCCACAUGACUGUAGCUACUGAGGUCAAUGACAUCAUACUACGAUACAGUGAGAACCUCUCAAAACAGUUAGAAGAUUUUUUUUCAGUUGAAAAUUUUGGAACUUCAUGUAUACCUAAAUGUAGUGGUUGUAAAUGUGGGAAGUGUUCAUUGAGUGGGGGGAAACAUAGCUUGAAGGAGGAAAUGGAAUUAAAACAGAUAGAAGAAGGACUUGAUUAUGAUUCAAUAAAUGGGUAUUGGAUUGCAAGCUAUCCAUGGAUUAAGGAUCCUAACAAACUCCCUAAUAAUCUUUCCCUUGCAUAUGGAAGACUAAAAUCUACUGAACGAAGGUUAAUAAAGCUUGGGAGCGAUUACUCUAAAAAAUAUAAUGAUCAGAUUUUAGGUAUGGUUCAUAGGGAAGUUGGUAAAAAAUUGAACAUAGAUGAGAUAAGUAAUUAUAAUGGUCCCGUUCACUACUUGCCCCACCAUGAAGUCCACAAGCCAGACUCAGUUUCUACCCCUUUGAGAAUUGUGUUCAACUCUUCUUCCUCUUACCUUGGUCACGUACUUAAUAAUUACUUUGCAAAGGGCCCUGAUGUGCUAAACAACAUGAUUGCUAUACUGAUACGUUUUAGGCAACAUGCUGUGGCCCUCGUAGCAGAUAUUAAGAAAAUGUAUAACUCUGUACGAAUUUCAGAACUUGAUCAACAUACUCAUAGGUUUUUGUGGCGGGACUUAGAAACUAACAGAGAGCCAGAUCACUAUGUGCUUACUACUGUGACCUUUGGUGAUAAACCUAGUGGCAUAAUAGCAAUGAUGGCCUUACGUAAAACCACCGAGAUGGAUGAAUCCUUUCCCCUAACUGCAGAGUUGAUCAAUCGCAACUCGUAUGUUGAUGAUAUACUGUCAAGUGUAUCAACGGUUGAAAGGGCUAAGAGAAGUAUUGUAGAAGCUAAUGCAAUAUUAUCUUGGGGAGGAUUUCAGAUCAAGCACUGGGUUAUAUCAGGUGAGAGUCCAGAAGAUAAUUUUCUUAACAUCUUGAAAACUGAUAAGGAAAAGGUACUGUGGUUGAACUGGAAUCCUAUGGAGGACCUGUUUUUCUAUGUGAUAAAGAUAAAUUUCUCUAAGAAAGUAAAAAAUAUUCGAAUGGAGCCACCCAUAAAGAAAUCAGAAAUCGAUGAGAAACUCCCAAAUACGUUAAAUCGAAGGAUGGUACUCAGUCAAACUGCUUCGGUAUAUGAUCCCCUUGGGUUCAUUGUGCCAUUCACCUUGAAAGCAAAGUUACUUAUGCGCGAUUUACUAACCACCAUCAGUGAAAAUGAGGGAAGAUUAGAUUGGGAUGAAGCAAUGCCACAGUAUAUGUAUGAAAGAUGGAGAAAGUUAUUUAAAGAGAUGUAUGAAUUAGAAACUUUGACAUUCCAUAGAUGUGUGAAGCCUAAAGACGCCCGUUGGUAA